AUGACGGACGAAGGUGUGUUGAAGUGCAUUUUUUGGGCUGACGAGGAUAUGAAGAGGAAUUUUUAUAUGUUUGGAGACGUUAUAUCAUUUGAUGCUACCUACAAGCGGAACAAGUAUAACAUGAUGUUUGUCCCUUUCACCGGGAUUGAUAAUCACAAUCGGAACGUCACACUUGGUGCUGCAAUUCUUGGUUCUGAAACGGCAGAGACGUAUAGCUGGUUACUUAAGGUGAUCAAGGACGCAUAUGGGUACGCGCCUCCCGUAAUCGUUAUUGACCAAGACCAUGAGAUGAAAAGGGCUAUAGCGGAUGUUUGGCCUGAGUCGAGGCAUCGGUUAUGUAUGUGGCACAUCAUGGAUAAACUCACUAAAAAGGUCGGGGCUGCCCUAUGUUCAAAUACCGAUUUCAGGAAAAGAUUGUUUGCAGUUGUUUGGACUGAUUCUCUAUUGCCCGAAGCGUUUGAGACUGAAUGGGCAGCUAUCUUAAAUGAUUUCGGUUUAACCGACCAUGAAUGGCUGACGUAUAUAUACGGGCUCCGAGAAUCAUGGAUUCCAGCUUCCUAUCACGAAGAAGAAAUGUCUGGACUUAUGCGGACGUCAUCUAGAUCUGAAAGCGAGAAUCACUUUUUUAGCAAGAGUAGCAAUCCAAAGUGCACUUUGGUUGAAUUUCUUAGCCACUUCGACACAGCUAUCGAAGCGCAAAGACACGAGCAUCGAAAAAGCGAUCAUGACACUCGAUACACCAACCCUGCGCCGUGGAGUGAUUUCGUUAUCGAGAAGCAAGCAGUUUAG